UCGCGAGCAAACGCUACCCGCGGUACAUCCCGCUGAGCUGCUUCAGCACGCAAGGCUCCUGAAAAAAGCCUACGAACGCGAAAGGCCUCCACCAGAAAAGGCCCCCUUCCCUCCCCCUCGUUCUUCAACGUAUCGUGCGACAGAAACCAAAGUGGUUCCAAGCCAGACGUUUGCGGUCGGUGGCGGUAUCGGUGACGACUGCAGGUCACCGAAACGGUCAUUUCUUUGCGCCGUCUCUUGGACUGGGCGACGUUGCUCAAGAACUUGUCGCCUGUGCUGCAGUGGUAGGAGCAGCGGUGCCAGCAGUGUGUGCGCGCUGGUUGUAGCAAAGGAAGGGUGAAGACAUAGAGAGAAGCAAAAAAAAACACAACAACAAACCAUCGAUCGAGAGUGUACGAAUGUUUUUGAUUUGCCCAUUUUGCAUCGCAAAAACCUGCUGCUUGGUGUGUUGUUUGCACUUGCGACAAACUUGCAGCUGGAUAGCUAAUUGAGGUGCUGCCAUAAAACAUAUCGAACCAUUUGGUCUGUACAGUACGGUCUGGCGAUAAGACGACAAAGGAGUGCAACCAUUACGGCAACCAUCGUACGAUACAUCGCAGAAGCACUGUAAACAAUCCGCUGCUGGUGGCCAGCCAUACGGCUUAAGCGCACAUCCGGCUUGCGAGAUGGCAGAACCGAAUGCGCUGCCACCGGAUGUGAACCCGGAAAACAAUCCCAUCCCCGGUGCACCGCUAAUCAAUCCCGGACGGCCAAGAAACAAUGUGCAGAAUCCCCUAAUAAACGUGCGCGAUCGGUUGUUUCAUGCGCUUUUCUUCAAAACGGCCAUCGCCUACGCCCAAACUAUACCACGACCGGUGCGGCGGGCAAUCGAGCUGAUGAUGCUGCUGAAAGCGCUCACGGCGUUUUUCAUCCUUGCCUACAUCCACAUUCGCUUUUCGCAAACACCAACAACGUGCCUGGAGCACGUGAAAAAUCAUUGGCCGCGUGAUGGCAUUUUACGUGUGGAAAUUGCAAGUCUUAGUCAAAGUGAGUACGAUGGUAGCAAGCCAGGCUCGGCCGAAAUUUUGGACGAAGGUGACGUGAAUGUGUUGCGGAAUACGCUAAAAAAUGGAAUGAUCAGCAUCGAUCCUUCGACGACGUUACCGCAUGAGGAAGAAACCAAUCAAAACGGGGUGGAUGUGGUGGUGCAGCACAGUUAUGCCAAUAGCAGCCCGCUACCAAGCGAAAAGGCACCGUACGGACAUGAGCCGAUGACGUCGGAUCUUUACUCUGCUACGCGCCAGGAGAACGUGAUCGUGACCGAAAAUCUUACCGGAGUUACAAUUGACAGUACACCGUACCCGGGUGGUAACGAGAUGGCAGGUAAGGAGUCUGAUACAGUACAGAAUCGGAAGGAAUCGGAAGCAUCUCCUGCUGCUGCUGCUGCUACUACUACUAAUGCCGCUACCAUGCUGGGAGAGACAGAAGCUCAGCCACAGGACAAUGUGGUGGUAUACACCAAUGAGACUAUCAUGAAGUCGCUCGAUCUGCCGUCCGUUUUGGUUGGAGGAGAAGAACUCAAAUCGGACGUACCGGUGAUGGAAAAGCUGCGUAAUGUUGGUACGCAAAAUGAUCCAACAAUGCUCUCGGCCGAUCAGUACAUUGUAGAAUAUUCGCUUGAGUAUGGAUUUUUGAGGCUGUCUGCCGCUACCCGUCAACGGCUAAACAUUCCCGUUGCGGUCGUUCGGCUCGAUCCGCAGGUGAACAAAUGUUUCGGGGACUCGUUUAGUCGGCUGAUUUUGAAGCAUUUCCUCGGCUACGAUGACAUACUGAUGGCAUCGGUAAAGGUGCUAGCCGAGCAAGAAGACAACAAGGGCUAUCUGCGGAACGUGAUCACUGGUGAGCACUUCCGGUUCGUGUCGGUAUGGUGGAUGGGGCGCGGCUCAUAUACGGCAGCAUUUUUCAUCAUGGUGCUUUUUACAAUUUCAAUUUCCAUGCUGUUGCGCUAUUCACAUCAUCAAAUAUUUGUAUUUAUAGUGGAUUUGCUGCAAAUGCUGGAGUUCAACAUACCGGUCCGGUUUCCUGCCGCUCCGUUGCUGACCGUUAUUUUGGCAUUAGUCGGCAUGGAAGCCAUUAUGUCGGAGUUCUUCAACGACACCACGACCGCCUUCUACAUCAUCCUGGUGGUUUGGUUCGCCGAUCAAUACGAUGCAGUUUGCUGUCAUACAAAUGUCACUAAACGUCACUGGUUGAGAUUCUUCUAUUUGUAUCACUUCUCUUUCUACGCGUAUCACUAUCGGUUCAAUGGACAAUAUAGCAGCCUGGCGUUGCUUACUUCUUGGCUGUUCAUUCAGCAUUCGAUGAUUUACUUCUUCCAUCAUUAUGAACUCCCUGUCAUCAUACAGCAGGCGCAGCUGCAGCAGAUCCUCAUUCAAUCGCGUAACGAUCAGGCCCAAGCACAGCAGGGCGCUUUCCAACAGCAGCGUGCUCCACGUGCAAACACGGGCCAGCAGCAACAGCAGCAGCAAGGGCCUAAUCGCCGCCCGACCCAGCGUCCCCAGGGAUUGGCGGCAGCCGUUGCCCAAAACUACAACGUCCAGUGGACGAACUUGCUCCGCUUAUGGAGAGGUCAGAACGAUAACAACAACAACAUUGGCGACAUCCUGAACCGCUUGCCGCGCUACAGCCUGCACACGUUGAACGUAAACCACAUUAAUGGGCUGAAUGCGUCGCUGCGCGACAUUGCCCGCAACUCGAUCCAGUAUCUGCGCUCGAACCUGAACGUGGGCAUGGCGAUGCUGGGAGGAAACGCGGCCGUUAAUCUGUACAACAACAAUAACAACAUGUUCGGGCCGCAUCGCAUCAUACGGGCGGCCGUCGGGCUGGGGCACAAUCGCAACCCCACGCUGCAGGACGUUCCGUUGAAUGAUGACGGUACGGACCGAGACCGGGAGCCGCCCAUCGAUCGGCGCAGUAACUAUCAGCGCAACUAUGAGGAAAACAAUUUCAUUUUCCCCGAGGCGGUACUUACCACCCAGCAGCAGCAGCACCAGCAGCAGCAGCAGCAGCAGCAACAACACCAACAGUCGACGGAAUCACAGUCCCACAGUCAGCGGGAUGGUUCGUCCAUUGUUGCGGGCAGCUUCAGCCCAGAUGUGUCGGCGUCUUACCGAACCGCUUCGAUCGACGAUCGACAGCAAAAGACCCCGAUCGACAGCAUGUCACUGGCGCAGGACGCCAGCGAUGCUCAUCGCAUGAUCAACAAGCAGCAGCAGCAACAGCAGCAUCCGUUGGACGUAACACCCGGGACUGCCAUUGAAGUGCCAGUCGUUACCAUCAUGGAACGGGCGACGACCAGCGAAGCCGCUAGUCAACCACCAGCUGACAGUAGUCAAGAUUCCAGCAGCAACAGUAGCAGUAGUAGAAGAGGGGUGACCGAAGCGAUCGCCAAUGUCGAUGCGGACCAAACAACGCUGCGGAGGCGGCAGCAAACCGAUCCAGCGAAACCGAACGAAUCAUCACUAUAAAAUUGGCAGACACUUCUGCACAUCAGCGGCUCAGAAACCGAGAACGACGAGAAGCGCAAGCUCUCGCGUAUGCGUGUGAUGCUGAUGUAUUUCCGUAUUGAUGUUUCACCGAUAGGUUUGAUUUUCUGUUUGAGUCACUAUGUUUUUAUUUAAAUGUUUCUUAAUGCAUUCAGAAAAGGGGUUUAUUUAUAAAACAGUUUAGACCGGGCCAUGGUUAAGCCAUGGGUUGAGAAAAGGGGCAUCAGGAAAGGCUCCCGUGUUUUGUGCUUGUGAUAUGUGAAAGGGACAACUGACACGCUGCAGCUAUUCGUGUGUAUCCGUUACAUUUGCAAAUACCAAUAAAAAGGAAAAUGACUCUAAACACUA